AUGGCCUCGAUGGGACAUGCCCAAGACUUGCCCAAGACUCGCCCAGAAUCAGACCCGACCAGACUCGACCAGAAAUUCAGAAUCGACCAGCAAAAUCGUCCACGACGUCGCCCAGCAGCGCUGAUCUGUCUCGGCGCCAAGCCAAUCUGGAGUUCGGGUUGCCUGUCUGUUCGUUCCAAAUCGAUGCCGAGAACCCACGCCCAGACUUGGCCCAAGACUCCGGCAAACCGCCAAGCAAGAGAAGAAAGGGAGGUUAAAAUGGCGACCGGCUCCGGUCUGAUGGGAUGGCCGGUCCCCAGUGCCCUCUCACGAUGCUCGUCGCCCGUUGUCGAAUCUCGCAAACGAAACCCCCUCGCCCUUCCAUUGAUGUCGACCCUGACCUGCUCGAAUCAACCGUACAACGGCCUCGGAGGCCCGGCACUGGUGGUAGAGAAGAAGGAGAAGGACUGGGCAAUCAACAAAAGAGCAGGGUCUCGCCAAAUUGAAAUGAGGUUAUUGUCGACGGUAUUAUUGGCUCUCGCAUCGGGGGCAUCGUCAAACCAUGUCGUCCAGUUCAACGUCACGAAAGGGCCUCCGGGUAUCCACGUCGGCUCCGCGCCGACGCUGGCCCGCCGUGAGACAUUCUCGGAGCGCCUCAUCAACAACAUCGCCGGCGGAGGCUACUAUGUCAAGGUGAAGGUUGGAACCCCGGGGCAGGACCUGACGAUGCUGCUGGACACGGGGAGCAGUGACGCCUGGGUGCUGGGCCACGACGCAGAUCUCUGUACGGACCGGGACUUGCAGAGCCUCUACGGCAUGCCCUGCGCCGAUACCUACAACCCCGACUUGAGCUCAUCCGAAAAGAUGAUCAAACGGGGCGGGUUCAAGAUCACCUACCUCGACGGCGGCACCGCCUCGGGCGACUACAUCACCGACGACUUUUCUAUCGGCGGCACCACCAUCAAGUCGCUCCAGAUGGCGUACGUGACCAAGGCCGUCCGGGGCACCGGCAUCCUGGGCCUCGGCUUCAGCAUCAGCGAGCGGGCCAGCACCAAAUACCCCAACAUCAUGGACGAAAUGUCCAACCAGGGCCUGAUCCAAUCCAAAGCCUACUCCCUGUAUCUCAACGACCGGCGAACCGACGCCGGCUCCCUCCUCUUCGGCGGCAUCGACACCGACAAAUUCAUCGGCCCGCUCGAGAUCCUACCCCUCUACAAACCUCCAGGGGGCAACUACUCCUCCUUCGAAAUGGCACAGUCCAUCCACGAGGCCCUAUCCGCCAUCCACGACGCCGACCUCGGCAUGACACUCAUCGACUGCGACAGCCACCACCUCACCAACCCCUCCUUCCACCUCACCUUCACCUUCACCCCCACCAGCACCAUCACCAUCCCCCUCCACGAACUCAUCCUCGACAUCCUCCCUCCCAACUACCUCCCACCCCAAAACCAAAACGCCCACCCCAAAAGCACCAACCCCCCCUCAACAAUAAAACGCGCCUGCGUCCUCGGCAUCCAAUCCACCGCCCAAUUCGCCUCCCGCAACACCGACAACCAAGCCCACUUCGCUUUAUUAGGCGACACCUUCCUCCGCUCAGCCUACGUCGUCUACGACCUAGCCCACUACCAAAUCGGGCUGGCACAGGCCAACCUGAACAGCACCACGUCAACGGUCGUGGAGCUGUCGUCUUCGACGGGCACGAGCACUGCGGCGUCAGGGAGGGGGGAGGAUGACGACGACGACCAGGGGGCAGGGACGGGGACAGGGACGGGACUGCCGCGGUUGACGGGGGUGGCGGCGCAGCAGACGACGUUCACGCCGACUUCGACGCCGGGGGGCAUUGGGGGUGGCGAUGCUGGGGUUGCGGGGACGGGUCCCGAGCAGAAUGCCGCUGGUCCGGCGGUGGGGAUGGGGAGGAUACCGGUUAGGGAGAUGGCGGGGGUUGCCGCAGUGACGGGGCUAUUCGCGCUUUUGGGUGGCGCGCUCAUCGUGUUUUGA